UCUACUUUUAUUUUCUGUCCAUUUUCUGUUCCCAUUUCCUUAUUUGCAAGUUGUCAGCUUUUCCUCAGUCCCAAAUUGGAAUAAGAUUGCCCGCCGCAGCGUUUAUAGACGCACUAACCAAGCGGCCUCCAAAAAGUACCAAAUAUAAGCAUUGCUUGAAUUGGUGUUUUCACUUUGCGAAUCGUUUUUUUUCUUCAACACUACAUUAACUUCCCCUAUUUCGGAAAUGUGAAACCUUUUGAAGAUUCUCUUGUGGUCAAUUUUUCCACAGGGCAGUUACGGAACUGAGCACGAUUGAAUUAUUAGCAAAAAAAAGAGAGCAAAUUACAAAAAAAAGUACAAAAAAUGGCGCUGCUGUACAUUCAGUUUUAUUUCAUUACCAUCGCCACCAUUCUGGGCACGGGCAUCUUGGGACUCCCGGUUACUCUGGCUCACUCCGGAUUCCUCCCUUUCCUCUUCCCUUUCAUCGGAUCCUACGUCAUGCAAUGUAUUCUCUUGCUUGUCUUCACUGAAUUGCUUCAAAUCGCAUUUUUCCACAAAAUGCAGCAACAGAGCAGUAAGAGUGCGAACGGGACGACAGCGGGAUCCAAUGUGAGGUUCGAGGCGUUGCCGGUGAUCGAGAACGAACAGCCGAUGGCGGGAACGACGUCGGCCGAGGAGCAAACUGACGACUCAGAUGCGCCGACUUCCGAUGAGUUCGACUUCGAAAGUCAUCUAGCCGACAAUCUGGAUAUUCCUGUGGUGAAACCGAAUCUACACAUGGUCGGCGAGUUGUUUCUGAACAAAGUGGGCGCUUUCUGUUUCGACAUAGUUCUCGCAGUCAGUUUUGUCUCUGUGCUGAUCAGCUACGCACUUGCGGGAAGCCAGGCCUUCGCCGACAUUUUAGGAGUGAACCGGAUCGCCAUGAUUCCCAUAUUCUGCCUGGUUCUUACGAUUGUCGUCGUAUUUCUGCAGUUCUUAGUCCAACCGGUAAUCUCGCUCCUGACGCUAAUCAAAGGCUGCAUGUUUGCGACUUGCGUCGUGAUCACUUUUCUGGUCGGAGCCAAAGUUGACAAUCAAUACAAGGAUGAUUGGGGUGCGACAGGUGAGCCUUUUCUGAUGGGAACUGUGGCUAUCGGCGGAAUCAUUAAUAUCCUUCCGAUUCUCUUCAUGCGCAUUAAGCCGAGAGCUGACCAAAUAAGGAAACUAAACUUGGCGGUGAUUCUUGGCUUGACAACCUGUUUCGUUCUAAACAUCAUGUGGUGUUGGACUAUCCUCAAAAUAGUUCCUCAAACUCCGAUUUGCCCGAAACCGACUUACGAGUCGACGGCGAACCCGAUAGUGUCGGCUUCUAUUCCAAGUGUCGGUGACAGCGGUGAUUCGGGCACAUGCGAUGCAAUAUCCUUAGAAAGUUCCCAUGACAAGGGGGACAUCUCGACAAUUCCUCUCAGCUCUGUGAUCGAGGCCGAUCACCCUCAGUAUAGCAUAGUGUCCAUAUUCGUGGAAUUCUUCAUCAUGGUCAGUAUCACGGUGUCCUAUCUGACGUUCGGAUCGGCCAUGCAUCACAUGAUCAGCGGGAUGGUGGAGUCUUUCUGGGAGAACAGAGGUCAGCUGAUUGCCGCCAAGUUUGGACUGCAAGUGUCCACGAACAACGAAGUACAGCUCCUCAACUUCCCCGCAGUGUCCUGGAUCCGAUCAGCUAUGUCGAUUCUGUCCUUUCUCGCUGUGUUUUGUGUGGCCAUGUCGCAUCCUCAAGGUUUCAUUAAGGUACUAGACAGGGUGACUUCUUUGUCGCAGAACCUGCAAAAUUGUGUAUUUGUUCCUAUGAUGCUGUAUGCAGUGAAGACGUGUGAAAUUUAUAAGAACGUGCAAAUAAGCUUCAAAUUACAUUCGGUGUUCUAUGUGCUUUAUGUAUUUGUUGCAAUAUUUUAUGGGGUAGCGGUUCUUUACGAUUUGUUCAUAUGGUCCCAAGCUCUUCUUGGCUGAAACAUGCAAAUCUGACCUGAUAACUAUUCAUGUAUACUAUUUUACCAGUGAGACUGAAAUCUGAGACGGAAA